GAAUUAGCCACAAAAUUUGGUAUUGCCAAAAUUGAACCUACCCAAAUUGCGGUGAAAGGCACCCCUGAAUAUGUUCGCUCCUGUUGCGAGGCGAGCCUGAGGUGCCUUGGUGUGGACUACAUUGAUCUCUACUAUGUACACCGGAUUGACACACCAGUACCUAUAGAGGAAAUCAUGGGGGAACUUAAGAAGUUGGUGGAAGAGGGUAAAAUAAAGUUCAUUGGAUUAUCUGAAGCAAACCCAAACACGAUAAGGAGGGCACAUGCCCCCUAUGGGCCCUACCUUUCUGCUCAACCAUAUCAGCAUUCUUCUGUUGAUUACUUGUAAGGACGUUUCUAAGCAAUUGGUGUUAUGAUCCUGCUUGCAUGCCUUAAAUACAUUUCCCAUCAUUGGUUUGAAAAUUUUGCUAUUUAUUCACUAUAUA